GGGAAAUCCAGGGUGCGUCUGGGAUUUCGCAGGUGGCGAGGACCAUGGCCACCACUUCGGUGUCCAAGGGUUGCUUUGUGUUUAAGCCAAACUGCAAGAAGAGAAAGAUCUCUGUGCCAAUAGAGGACUAUUUUAAUAAAGGGAAGAAUGAGUCUGAGGACAGUAAGCUUCGCUUUGAAACUUACCAGUUGAUAUGGCAGCAGAUGAAAUCUGAAACUGAGCGACUACAAGAGGAAUUAAAUAUAAGCCUGUUUGACAGUCUAGUUGAAUUUCUGCAGAAGUCUCAUUCUGGGUUCCAGAAGAAUUCAAGAGACUGGGGCUGUCAAAUAAAACUCAGAGAAAUUCCAACCGCUGCUCUUGUUCUAGGUGUGAAUGUAACAGAUCAUGAUUUAACGUUCAGAAGUCUAACAGAAGUCCUUCAGAAUAAUGUCACUCCAUAUGUAGUUUCAUUGCAAGCUAAAGAUUGUCCAGAUGUGAAACAUUUUUUGCAAAAGCUGGCCUCACAGUUGAUGGACUGCAAUGUAGACGUGCAAUCCAAAGAGAAAGAAGGUGUUCAGGUCACCCAGAAAAAGAUACAUUAUUCAAUGGAUUCUCUUUCCGCUUGGUAUAUGAAUGUCACACAGAAGACCGACCCAAAAAUGCCAAGAAAAAAGAGGACUCCUAGCCAAUGGCAGUCUCCUCCUGUUGUGCUUAUCUUAAAGGAUAUGGAAAGCUUCACCGCAAAAGUACUCCAAGACUUUAUAAUUAUCAGCAGUCAGCAUCUACAUGAAUUUCCACUAAUACUCAUUUUUGGAAUCGCCACGUCUCCUGUUGUCGUCCAUCGGUUGCUUCCUCAUGCAGUAUCAUCUCUAUUGUGUAUAGAACUAUUCCAGUCUUUGUCUUGCAAGGAGCACCUGACUACAGUACUUGAUAAGCUACUUCUUACAACUCAGUUUCCGUUUAAACUAAGUGAAAAAGUGUUGCAGGUUCUGACCAACAUCUUUUUGUAUCAUGAUUUCUCAAUCCAAAACUUUAUAAAAGGACUUCAGCUUUCUCUAUUAGAACAUUUCUAUUCCCAGCCCCUCAGUGUUCUGUGCUGUAAUCUCCCAGAAGCCAAGAGAAGAAUAAAUUUUUUAUCAGAUAAUCAAUGUGAAAACAUCCGACGUCUUCCAUCGUUUAGGAGGUACGUGGAAAAGCAAGCUUCAGAAAAGCAAGUUGCACUGUUGACCAAUGAGAGAUUUUUGAAGGAGGAAACACAGUCAUUACUAGAAAACCUGCAUGUUUACCAUACAAAUUACUUCCUGGUUUUGAGAUGUCUUCAUCAGUUCACCUCUUCUCUUCCCAAGUACCCACUGGGUCGACAGAUCAGAGAGCUGUACUGCACGUGUUUAGAAAAGAACAUAGGGGAUUCAGAGGAGUAUGCAUCGGCUUUGCAGCUGCUGAGGAUGUUGGCAAAGGAUGAACUGAUGGCCAUGCUUCAGAAGUGUUUCAAGGUUUUUAAGUCCGCUUCUGAAAAGCAGCUUGGCAACACAGCAAAGAGAAUAGAGGAGUUCCUGGCCCAGUUUCAGAGCCUCGAUGCAGAAGCCAAAGAAGAAGAAGAAGAUACUUCUGAGUCACAGUCAAAGGGACUUGAGAAGACAGACCUCUAUCAUCUUCAGAAGUCAUUAUUGGAAAUGAAGGAGUUAAGAAGCAGAAGUAAGAGGCAGACCAAGUUUGAAGUCCUCAGAGAACAGCUCGUGAGCUUCAUCGACAGUCUGGCGCGAGAAUACCUCCUGCUUCCAGAGACACAGCCUCUGCAUGAGGUGCUGUACUUCAGUGCUGCUCACACCCUUCGCCAGCACCUGAACGCUGCCCCGCGGAUCGCCCUCCACACCGCACUCAACAACCCGUAUUAUUACCUCAAGAAUGAAGCACUGAGAAGUGAAGAAGGUUGUAUUCCAAAUGUCGCCCCAGACAUCUGCAUAGCAUAUAAACUGCACCUGGAGUGCAGCAGGCUAAUCAACCUUGUGGACUGGUCAGAGGCCUUUGCAACAGUUGUGACAGCUGCUGAAAAAAUGGAUGCAAAUUCUGUAACCUCAGAAGAAAGGAAUGAAAUUAUCCAUGCUCGGUUUAUUAGAGCUGUUUCUGAACUAGAACUUUUAGGAUUUAUAAAACCUACCAAACAGAAGACUGACCAUGUGGCAAGGCUAACAUGGGGAGGCUGCUAGAAAGCAAAUGAGUGAAGCCAGAAAGAUAGCAUUCAGCUUAAGAGAAAAAGGAGACCAAUCCUAUUUACACACCGGUAGAGGAAGACUGCUUGGGAAGAAAAAUAAUGUGUGAUCCCUGUGUGAUGUUUAAACAGAAAAGUAGACUGUUAAUCCCUAUCAGGAAUGUAUCAAAGCACCUUUGGAGUACGUUAGAAUCCAACAAGUAACAUGCUAACAUUGCAAGUAGAACCUCUCUCAGAGUAUCACUGCAAUUUUCAUUCAUUAAGAAAUUAUGAAUAAAUUGUUCUUGUACAUAAUGUAUAAAUGUAAUAAAUUCCUUUGUCUAGGAGUAUCUAUUAA